AUGGCAAAUGCACAGAAACAAGCUCGGGCCAAGCAGAAGAAAGAAAGGAACACCGCUGCCCGAAAUGCCACCACCGAGGGACAGACCAAGGUCCCUACUAGGUCGUCAUCACGUCGCCGGGCAGCAGUUACACCUAGCGACCUGGCGGACUUGCCAAUAGAACAGAACAAACCCAGGCCCAAGCCUCGGCCGGUAUCGAAAAAGCGAAAACAGUCUGACGAAGCCGAUGAGCUCGACGAGCCCCCCUCUCAGCUGUCUCGCGGUGUUGAUCCUUCGAGUUCCCUUAGCUCCAUUCUCGUCAGUGAAUCUCCCGACAGAUUCAUAGCAGUUGAAAGCCUUCUAGGCCUCUCUCGAAGUUCCGUUGAGCUAGGAACUGUUGGGUCGAAGUCGGCACCUCACACUGUCAGCCCGACGCCGCACAUCAGUGACUCUGAGACUCUUGAUUCCGAAGAACUCGAGCACACAGGGAGACUUGAAGGGCCUGCAGGAGACGACUCAGAUGAUCUCAGCAAUGCGGAUGAGAGCGAGGACGGUGAUGCUCUCCCCAUGAUCCCUUUUGCGAUACCAUACAAAGCGGGUGCAUUAGAGACUGUCAGAAUUCGCUCUGGGUCAUCGUGGGCCUCAGUCCAUCGCGCCAUAGCCGAAGUUCUCAUUCAGGAGCCCCGCGAUAUCGACAUCGGGUAUAAAAUCUCCACUGAGCCUCAGAACCGAAAACCUCGCCGUCUCUCUAGUGCGCAAGGGCUCGCUGAGCUGUUUGCACAUCUCAAGGAGGUGAUGAAUCAGGCAAAAAAAUCGAAGAGCAAAAAGUCGCCAAAGGAAGUUGAAGUCAUCAUCACAGAUCUCAGUGAGCCUGCGGUUGCGAAGGGAAGAGCCAAAAAAGACAAAUCGAAUAAGACCUCGAAACGCAACCGGAAGGAUAGUGACGACGAGAAUAGUGACGACGAGAAUAGUGACGACGAGCAAGUCUCUGUUCCUAGGAAGCAGGCAGAGCAUUUUGCCCGCCUUGAGGAACUUCAUAGCUGUGAUGCGCACGUCGGCAAGACAUGUCUCGUCAAGCCGACUGGCCAGCAUCAUGCUCUCACACACGAGGAGCUCAGUAUCUGGUCGUUUCUGCUUCUUGCUGGGAAGCAUACAUCGUAUGACAAACCUCCGGAAAAGCUGAGGCUUUUCGACGAUCAACCCCGAGCACGGGGCCCAAUGCCAAAGGAUAACACAUUGCAUACAGCUGCUCCAUCGGGUUGGCCGAUUUGGCCAGGCUUCUCGCCCUUCCCCGUCUACAACCCGCCGAUGACUGGUCCUGCGGCGGCUGUUCCUCCAGCAAUGCAUGGCUCUUCUCUGGCAUCUCGCUCGAUGGAACCAGGCUCCUUUCCACUUAUAUCUGAGUGGCUUGCUUCGCUGGACACUGGCUCUCGCGGGGAUGGCAACGACUUUCAGCAGUACUCAGAGCAUUUUGCGAGUGCGGGUUACCGGCGCAUCAACCAGUUUGCGGAUCUGGAGAAGUCUGAGCUACGUGACAUGUUCCCAAUGAUACCGAUUGGCAUUUCACGCCUGCUUCUUAGCUACGCACAGACUGAUGUUGAAGCUUGCCGCACUCAUGCAUGA